GCAAUCGAGUUAUUAAGGCCAACCAGCUUAAUCACUCUGCUUCGUGCUUGUGGUCAAGCGACUGCUAGUGUGUGUAGCCAUGGCGGGCAAGGCCUCGAUCGCGCUGUUCCUCGCCGUCAACAUGGUCGUGUUCGCCAUGGCCAGCGCCUGCGGUGGCAACUGCCCCACGCCGACCCCGUCCACCCCAUCCACGCCGACCCCAACGCCGGCCUCGUUCGGCAAGUGCCCCCGCGACGCGCUGAAGCUGGGCGUGUGCGCCAACGUGCUGGGCCUGAUCAAGGCCAAGGUGGGCGUGCCGCCCACGGAGCCAUGCUGCCCGCUGCUGGAGGGGCUCGUCGACCUCGAGGCCGCCGUGUGCCUGUGCACCGCCAUCAAGGGCAACAUCCUCGGCAUCAACCUGAACCUGCCCAUUGACCUCAGCCUCAUCCUCAACCACUGCGGCAAGACCGUGCCCACCGGAUUCAAGUGCCUCUAAGCAAACCGAACUACAGAAGCUAGUUGCAUGCAUGCAUGCAUUGCAUAGAGGCAAAGUACGUAUGUGUGUAGCUGGUUUGAUCAGCUUUUGCAUCACCGUGUUUCCUGUUAUUCAGGUCCUUGCGUGGACGCGUCCCUGAACUCUUUGGGUGAUUCAUUUGUAUCUGGCAAUUUGCCUGUAUGAAUAAAAUUUCUUUGCUACU